UCAGAAUUUCUUAUGUUAAAAUCCAUAAAUCUAAGUUUCUAAUUCCGUAAAACUACGGGUUCAACAACAUUUCAGAUUCCUUUCUGAAGAAGGGUUCGGACGAAACGUAUUUCGUCAGUCUAGCAUGUAUUGUCACUGCUUCCAGUAUCCACCAAUCACGCUUCUUGGUUUCUUUUUCUCGAUCUUAUAUCGCAGCGAUAUAUAUCGAGACGGUACAUCGAUAUCCAUCCGCCUACGAGUCCACGCAGCGUUACAAUCCCAGGUGCUUCUCGUGGAAUGCGAGAGACCUACUGACCGUGGAGGUCGCUGUGUGCGGAUGCAGUUUGGACCGAGGCCAAAGAGAUUUUCUGUGGACUCCAAGAGGAUGUCUGCCCGGGACAUGGCAGAUGUUUUGAUUGAGCGUGGGUUGACAGUCAUUGACGAAUUAACUGCACUUUAUAGCCAUGGAGACAUCCUGACAUGUGGUAAGACCCAUCUCAUUAUCAAGGGUUCUUUUCACGAUUCUCAAGAAAUGAUCCCGUCUCUGUGUUUCGCAUGAUUAAACCGGAGAAACUCUGGACGAAUAUGGAUUAAAUUUGGUAUUGACGGUAUAUCAUCGGGGAUAUAAAAUAAAAUUGUACUUCUCAACUUCAUACGCUUUUAGAAUUUGACUAACUGCGACAUCACCGAGGAAAUGACUGGUGCUAAGUGGGGGUUGCUGUUGC